AUGUCCAUAAGAACAACUGGCAAGCGGGCACACCCUGUAGAACUUCUUAGAACGGCAACAGUCAACGUGGCUAAGGUUGCUUGGAGCACCUCGGCCCAGCUGGCGGCGCAGGCAAACCGGGACGUACCUCCCAAAUCAGUUGAAGAACUAGUCCCUCACCGAUAUCAUUGCCACAUCGGGAUGUUCAGGAAGACCGACGCACAGCGACUCCCACCCCAACGCAAGUACGAUUUCCGAGUUGAUCUAGUACCCGGUGCAGUCCCCCACGCAAGCAGGAUAAUUCCACUAUCCCCUGCGGAGAACGCGGCUCUGGACACGCUGAUCAGGGAGGGGUUGGAGCAUGGAACUAUCCGUAGGACUACGUCCCCGUGGGCGGCCCCGGUCCUGUUUACAGGAAAAAAAGACGGUAAUCUGCGGCCUUGUUUUGACUACCGGCGAUUAAACGCGGUUACGGUGAAGAACAAAUACCCUCUACCCCUCACGAUGGAUUUGGUGGACAGUCUACUAGACGCAGACACGUUCACCAAGUUAGAUCUGCGUAACACAUACGGCAACCUCAGGGUGGCGGAAGGCGACAAGGAGAAGUUGGCGUUCGUGUACAUAUUGCUGGGAAGAAUCGGCAAAGAUACGGCGGCAUAUCUGGACGAUAUUAUGAUCUAUACACAACGCGACACGGACCAUGAAGGAGCGGUUGAAGAAAUUCUGGAAAUACUCAGCAAACAUCAACUCUGGCUUAAGCCAGAGAAAUGCGAAUUCUCCAGAGCUGAAGUCGAGUACCUUGGCCUGCUAAUAUCGUGCAACCAAGUACGGAUGGACCUGGCGGAAGUUAAAGUGGUUUCGGACUGGCCGGCACCCUCCAACGUGACUGAAUUACAACGGUUCAUCGGGUUCGCUAACUUCUACAGGCGGUUCAUUAGCCAUUUCUCACGGACGACGAGACCACUGCACGACCUUACCAAUUCAGGGACCAGAUUCGCGUGGGAUAAACGUUGUGACGAAGCGUUUGAGACCCUCAAGACUCUAUUCACAUCGGCGCCCAUCCUGAAAAUAGCGGACCCGUACAGACCGUUCCUACUGGAGUGCGAUUGCUUGGAUUUCGCGUUAGGCGCAGUCCUAUUGCAAGUGUGCACGAAGGACAACAAGUUGCAUCCAGUGGCGUACCUUUCACGAUCCCUUAUCCAGGCAGAACAAAACUACGAAAUUUUCGAUAAGGAACUCCUAGCGAUUGUAGCGGCGUUCAAAGAAUGGCGCCACUACUUAGAAGGGAACCCCAACCGACUGAAGGCCAUUGUGUACACCGACCAUAGAAAUCUAGAAAGCUUCAUGACUAGCAAAAGACUCACCAGACGACAGGCGAGAUGGGUGGAAACACUGGGAAAUUUCGAUUUUGAGAUCAUUUUUCGACCAGGCCGACAGGCGAUCAAACCGGAUGCGUUAUCCAGACGACCAGACCUCGCGCCGAAAAAGGAGGAGAAGUUGACGUUUGGCCAGCUGUUGAAACCUUCAAACAUCACUCCCGAAACCUUUGCGGCCAUCGCCGAAAUCAAUGAGUUUUUCGUCGAUGAAUCCGUGGACCUGGAGGACGCCGACCGUUGGUUCGCGAUAGACAUCCUGGGAGUAGAUGAGACCGAGGUCGAGGAAGUAGAGAAACGAGCAGACCUCAUACCAACGGACGCAGACCUGAUAAGUUUGAUCUGCGCCGCCACCAACACUGACCCCAGACUGACACAACUAAUUAGCGAGUCAUUUGAGCAGACUGGGGAAAUUCCAGAAGACAAGGGGAUCCGGAUCAAUCAAGCCCGGCCAUCUCGUGUCUCCUCCGCCAUUGCAACCUCAACAUCCACAUCGACCAAAAAACCCACCAAGCGGAUCAAAAAGGCCCGCUCGGUCAACCCAGCUUCCCUUCUGACCAAAGGCGAUAAACCCGCGGCGGAUGUCAAUUCAACUACUGUAGCAACCAUUUCUGACGGUCAUGAUGCCGCCCCCUCUGGCGCCAACAACACAUCACAGGCCCCCUCACCUCGUCCAGCCACCACUCUUGGCACCCCUCCCCCGACAAAUCCCAACCCUAUCACGCAAACUAAAUCUCCGGUGGAGGUUUCCAAACCCGUCGACCCCCCAGAUUCCCAGUCGGCACCAGAGGCAUCACACGGUGCAAAUUCUGGCUCUGCCGAUGUAAAUGGUGGCUUCUCAACUGCCAUCUUCCUCACAGCCUAA